GACUGAUGUACAAGGAUUUAAAGGGAAAGUGAUGAGGACUGGGCGAAGGAGAAGGGAUUAUAAGGAAAGUGACAGGGAGGUUGGAAGGACAGAAUGUAAUUCAUGGAGAGAACUACAGUGGAAACGGGGGAUAAGAAAGAAAAAGGAAUGUGAUCUAGUGACACUAACUAAAAGGAAAGGGAUUUACAGGGGAGUUCUCAUAUGUGAGGUGAUGGCUUCCAGAGGGUCUAAUACGGCCAUAUCACGCAGAAACUACAGGCUGACCUCCGAACCAGAGAAGACAAAGGUCACAGGGAUUGUGAAUGAAAAGCUCCUAAACCAGUAUUUACAGCGAAUAUUCCCAGGCUCCGACAGCACUCACCAAGGCGCUGCGUACAGGAAACCUGUCACAUUUCAGAACUUGGAAGAACGUUUGGAGCGGUUAUUGUCUGCGGAGACAAGUCCUGAAGACACUGCUGACCAGGCUGUUGAAGGACGUCUGGGGCCGUCCAGCGUGGUAUUGGAUCACACAAGUGGCUUUGAGGGCUUGUUAUUAGUUGAUGACGAUCUUCUAGGGGUUAUAGGACACAGCAAUUUCAGUUCCAUAAGAGCUACCACCUGCGUGUUCAAAGGGAAAUGGGUUUACGAAGUCCUCAUCUCGUCUCAGGGUCUCAUGCAGAUUGGCUGGUGCACUUUAAACUGCAGGUUCAACCAAGAGGAGGGUGUCGGGGAUACACCAGACUCAUAUGCUUAUGAUGGGAACAGGGUCCGCAAAUGGAACGUAACAACUACAAAUUAUGGGAAGUCAUGGGCUGCUGGGGACAUUGUGAGCUGCCUGAUAGACCUGGAUGAAGGGAGCAUCUCCUUCUGUCUGAAUGGCGUGUCCCUGGGUGUAGCCUUCAGUGACAUUUCGCGGGGCUCUGGGAUGGCUUACUUCCCAGCGAUCAGCCUGUCUUUCAAAGAAUCUGUGGCAUUUAAUUUUGGCUCCCGUCCACUCCGAUAUCCUGUAGAAGGAUAUCGCCCCCUACAGGAUCCUCCCACCGCUGACCUGAUGAAAUCCCAGAAACUGCUUGGGUACCUCAAGAAUGUCCUCCGUACUGGCAUAGAUGUGCAGGGUUGUGGUUUUGGCUAUCGUUACACAAGACUCCCACACUUGUUAAAAACCAAACCGGAGGAUGCCAACCUACCGAGUCUACAGAAGCCUUGUCCAUCCACCCUUCUGCAGAGCCACAUGGCACAGCUGCUUCGGAGUGACCCAGAACUGGCUUCAAGCUUCUUGAACAGUGUCCUGAACCAACUUAACUGGGCCUUCUCUGAAUUCAUUGGCAUGAUCCAGGAGAUCCAGCAAGCAGCUGAACGUCUUGAGCGGAACUUUGUAGACAGCCGGCAGCUAAAGGUUUGCGCCACCUGCUUCGACCUGUCUGUCAGUCUUUUACGAGUUCUAGAAAUGACAGUCACUUUGGUCCCUGACAUCUUCCUGGACUGGAGCCGCUCUUCCUCUGAACUUCUUCUGCGACGACUGGCUCAGCUGCUGAACCAGGUCUUAAACAGAGUGACGGCUGAGAGAAACCUGUUUGACCGAGUGGUUAACCUCCGACUCCCAGGGUUAGAAAGCGUAGAUCAUUAUCCUAUCCUGGUGGCUGUAACGGGUAUCUUGGUGCGGCUGCUGGUUGACAGUGACACACAGGGGAUCCAGCGCGCUACAAGUGUGCUCCUUGCAGAUCCAUGCUUCCAGCUCCGCUCCAUACAGUACCUGCUGGGUCAGAUUGAACCCUUCCCAUUGGGGGCCAGUGCUCCCCCCACCGACAAGAAGCACUUCUCCUUGCAGGCAUACACGGAAUAUAUCAGCUCGGAAGAAUUGGCCAAAGUAGAGAAAAUUAUGGCGCAUCUGAGUGAGGAAUCCAAGCAGGCAGCAGCCACAACACAGCCAACCAGCGAGGAGGAUCUGUGCCCUAUAUGCUAUGCACACCAGAUCUCUGCCAUGUUCAAACCGUGCUCUCACAAGUCCUGCAAAGCUUGCAUCAAUCAGCAUCUCAUGAACAACAAAGACUGCUUCUUCUGCAAGGCCACAAUCACGGGAGUGGAAGAUUACGAGAAACCAGCUUCCACCUAGCACCCUGCUGUGCGAAGUAGUUGAGUGCGGAUCCUCUAUCAGGAACAUGCUGGCUUUUUCAGCAAAGGGUUUCAAAGAGUUUACAGCUUUAUCAGUAGACGAUAUAUAUUGACAAGCCUGGUUGUACGCUCCUGCAAGCCCCCUCAGUGCUGGAGCGGCCAAGUUUAAUAACCGUUACUUGCGGCUCGUGAGCAGGAAUCAGGUUGGUUGCUUUGUGUAACUGUAUUAACCCUCAUAUUGCUGCACUGUACACUCGGAAACACUCACACAGCUGCACCAGGCAAGACCUGCUCUAAUGUACAGAGAAAUGAUCGCUACCCUCCAGGACCUUGUGCUGCCAUAUCCGGUUUGGUCCCAGUGAGCACUGCACUUUAUUCAGAUAUCGCCUUGUGGUGCAGUAUUUGCUGGCGGCGGAGGGGGGACGAUUUCUGUUUACAGCCUAAUCUGUUUGUAUUCUUUAUAUCUGUGUCCUGUGUGUGUUCUGAGAGGACACAGAAUGAGCAUUAAAUUAUUUAUCCUGCUAAA